GUAGCAAGCACAAGGAAGACAAAUCCAAACCAAAGGAGCUGGAAAAGGAAGACGAGGAAGACUAUUCCCGUCGGACUUUCAAAUGCAGUAGCUUGCUCAAGGACCAGAUCUUUGGCUCUAGCUACUUCAAGAGCCUCUUAGAAAUCAGCGAUCUCGACCCCUUGACAGAAGAGAUCGCCAAGUACGCCGACACCCUCGACGUUUACAACUCUGGGAACAACGUGCAUCCUUCCUGCUUCAUUUGUCAGGUCUAUCGCCUCUUCACGCUCCCGCAGUCGGAAGACUUGGACGAGCUUUUGGCAGUUCUGGAUUCGAAUCCUUCUGCCAAGGUUCGCUGUGCCGCCUUCCUGUACGUCCGCUUUGUGGUACCUCCGCACAAGCUGUGGGACAAGCUAGACGAACACCUGUUUGACGACCAGGAGUUGAAGUAUGUUGAUGGCGACAAGCAGGUUACGACCACCAUUCGAGAGUAUGUGGAGAAUCUGCUGGUCAAGGACAGAUAUUACAACACUCCGCUGCCGAGAAUUCCAGUGAAGGUUCGGCAGCACUUGGAGAAGGAGCUCGCUCCCCUCUCACAGUUUCGCAAGCGCAUGGCUGCUCUCCAGAGGGAACUGCCUCCAAAGAAGGUUGCCGGCACAGCCGUGGAAGUCUACGUAGAUGGCAACUGGCUGCCCGGCCACAUCAAGAGCUACGUAGGCCAGCACAAGCGCAAAGUGAGUAUUCAACUUGACGAUGGCGCUGUGGUACAGUCCCACUUGGGAAAGGUUGUGCUGAGAGAUGAGGAAGUAUCUGACAAAGACAAGGAGAAAGACAAGGACGACAAAGAAGAGAAAGAUGAGGACGAGAAGAAGGAGGGCGAUGAAGAGGAGAAGACAAAGGACGAAGACCACGACCAGAGAAAGAAAAAGAAAGACAAGAAGGACGACCGGGACAGCAGUCGCAGCAGAAGUCGUAGCCGCAGCAGACAUCGUAGUCGUAGCCGCAGCCGCAGACGUCGCGGUAGCUCUCCAGAUUGGGCUCGCUACAAGGGCUCCAUGGAUCCCAGCGAGAUCGAGAGGCUGCGAGAAAAAGCGAGGGAAGAGGCAGUGGUUGGUGUGGGCAAGGCCUACUCCAAGAGACCAACCACCGUCGAGGGUGAGAUGUGGCGGGGAAGCGGGUCCGAAGGGCGCGUCUCCAUGCUCGGCGGCUCUCAUAGCUAUAGCUCGACCCGAUCUUCCGGCGCAAAGGGUCCCUCUGACACCGAGAUCAGGAGCAGGAUCUCACGUGAAGAGGAAGAGGAGCACAAGAGGCGAAUGCGAGAGAUCUAUGAGAAGUACGGCUCUGUGUCAAAAGCGACAUCCGGUAACACGGGGACACAGCGCUCCUCAGAGAUUGACCAGCCAGACGAUGCGAACAAGGCCGGCACCAAGCAGUCUCGGGACUGCACCCUCAUCCUCACGGAAGGAGAUUCGGCCAAGGCUCUGGCAGUAGCCGGCUUGAGCAUCGUAGGCCGGGAUCACUACGGGGUGUUCCCGCUCAGAGGAAAGCUUAGGAACGUCAGGGAAUUGACGGAGAAGCAGAUGAUGGAUAACAAGGAGAUAGAGGCUCUGAUGAAGAUCAUGGCCUUCGACGUGUCGAAGAAGUACAAGGAUGCAAGCGGCUUGCGUUACGGCUCCCUGAUGAUCAUGACGGACCAGGACUUCGAUGGCUCCCACAUCAAGGGCCUUGUCAUCAACUUCAUAGAGCACUGGUUUCCUGGCCUCCUGCAGUGUGAAGGCUUUCUGCGCGAGUUUGUGACACCAAUCGUUAAGGUCAGCAGGGGUGAUGAAGUGGUCACCUUCUUCACGGUGGCUGAGUACGAAGCCUGGAAACGGGCUAACAACGGUGGCGCCGGGUGGGCUUGCAAGUACUACAAGGGGCUGGGAACCAGCACCUCUGCAGAGGCUCGGGAGUAUUUCUCUGACCUGGAGCAGCACGAGCUGACCUUCCUGGCGGGCGAGCAGGAUGCCGACCUUUUAGACAUGGCCUUUAAUGCCAAGAAGGCUGAUGCUCGCAAGGAGCCUUCCUUGACUCAUCUUGACCCUGAAAGGAAUUUACCUUUGCCAGACACUGACAAACCACCAACAGCCGAAGCUGACAACACUGCCAUUGUGCCCAUGCUUACCGCGGAUGGCCUCAGCAGUGUCUUCCUGCGACUAGCACAGACUCAGCCCAAAGCUCCAGCUGUGCUGGACAGCACUGGCGUCUGGAACUACGCGCAGUUAUGGGAUUCUGCGGGCCGCAUCGCUUGCUUCUUCGCAGACAGAGGUUUGCAAGCCCCCCCUUCGACAGAAUUCGCCCCGCGGCCCGUUGCUGUUUUCCUGCGGCAGGGUCGGGAGUGGUAUGCCACUUGCAUUGCAGCCUGGAUCUUGGGCAUACCCGUUGUUGCACUGAGCAACGAUCUUCCAAGUGGACAGGCCGAAGCUGAGAGGGCCAAGCGGGUCGCCACCGAGCUGAAGCCGCUGGCGCUGGUCUCGGACGACUCGGCGUUUGAAGUGCCAUGCCUGCCUGGGGACUGUCUGCGGCUCUCGCUGCAAGAGAUACGCAGCGCCACGUCAAGCUCUAAUGGGCGGAACCCUGCAGCUUGUGCGUCGCCGGAAUCUGUACUUUGCUACGUCUACACCGGGGGCACGACACGUCACAGCAAAUGUGUUGCGGUAACCCAUGCAAUGGCAUUAUGGGAGAUCCAGCAGUACAAGAAGGCCUUGGGUGGUUUGGCGAACGAAGGCGACAGGAUGCUGCAGUACUCGUCUGCCUACUGGGGUGCCGCCAUCUUUGGCCAAGCAGACCUCGCCUUGGCUUUCGGCGCCUGCAACAUAAUCAUACGAGCGAGUGUCCCGGAGGAGAUUGCGCGCAUUUGUGAGGAGCAUCAAGUUUCGGUGCUGGGCAUUGUGCCAUCGCAACUGCGAGGGGCAUGGCCCGGUGGACCAAGCACAAGACCAAGAAGCCUGAGAGUGCUUAUCGCAUGGGCAGAAAAGAUUCAACCCAAGCUGGCGAAAGAAUGGCUUCAGCACCUACCUGUCAUCGAGAUACUCAUUGCCUCCGAGUACUGGCUUUGCCUCUCCUCGGUUGGAUGUCCGACGUGGAAGGAUCCGGAUGACGGCAUGGAGCGUCAUGUUCUGGAGCCUCUACCCGACCUGGACAUCAAGCUGCUGAAGGAGAAUGGUUCGGAGGCAGAGGGCGGGGAGAGCGGCGAAAUGUUCUUGGCAGGCCCGACGGUAUUUGCUGGCUACGUGGGGGCAGACGGCCGCAUCAGCUGCCCCAACUUUCGCUACCUCGAUGCCAAACGGUACUACGGAACUCGCGACCGACUCAAGCGUGUUCCUGGUGGUCGUGGUCUUGUAUACCUCGGACGAACCGAUUCUUUAGCAAAGGCUGGCGGUGCAUGGCAGGAUCUUGAAGCAGUCGAGGCCGCAGCCGCAGAAGUUCCGGGCGUGUCAGCGGCAGCGCUUGUCGCCUGUGAUGGCAGUACCGAUGCCUACCUGGUUCUGGAAGACAUGCGUGAUGCAGCCGGAAGGGCUCGGGAAGGUCCACCACUUGCGGCUGUGCUGGACAACGCAAUGCAAAAACUGAAGCCUGCUGCCGGUAACUCGAGACCUCACAUUUGGGCACGGCUGCCUCUGCACCCAGCUACGAGCAAAGUGAAUCGGCAAGCGCUACUUGCGCAGCGGAGUGAAGCCACUGCGCGGGAGACGAACUGGCACGAGAGGCUCCACAGCCUCCAGCGCCGAAUGCUAAGGGGCUAUGCAGCGUGGCACAUCUUCUUCGGCAUCCUGAUGCUCCUCCGAGCGUUUAUGGUGACAGCUCCGACUCUGCGACGGCCUUGGCUGGACAUUCCAGGCCGAGCCAUGCUGCUGCCCUACGUUUGGGGAGUGCUCCUCUACCUCUGGCAUGGAACAAGCAAGCAGAAACGCGAUUGGGUGAAUAUGACGAUGCCGAUGGGACCGCCGGAUGUGCUCGCGAUCCUCGUCUUGGCCCCGCCGACUUGGCUUCUUUGGCCUUCUAUACUUCUGGCCUCGGCUGUGUUGUCAUGGCUUCGAGAUCGCGAUGCUGUUGCCGUGGCAACUGCUCUGGUCCUGUGUGUGGGCAUCUUUCGCAUCGAUCUUCUCAUCCUUGGGAUCAUAGGCCUGUAUCUGCAAAGGCCCAGCAGGAUACACUUUCUGCUCAGCUUGCCGACUGCUUAUGUCUUCUCCUUUCCCAAGUGGUGCAGAGACGAGUUCUUCUACAGAUCUAUGUGGCGGAGCUCGUACUUACGUCGGUUCAUCCUCCGUUGGGUGCCCAUUCUCCAGAAGCCGGAUUUCGACUGGAGUUUAUCCUUCCAGCAUAAGUCGGUUGCCUACGACUGGGGCUCUGACGAGAGGUGGGUGAACGUUUAUCUGGAGAGAACCCAGAAAGACGACAAGUCUACCGUUGGUUUCUGGGAACCGGUACGUCCAGCUGUCCUCCCACGGGUGGAACCAGAAGCAGACGUCCAUCCCAGCAACGGUGUGGCAGCCAGCUCAGGAGCGCCCACACCUUCGGCUUCCCGGGCCGAGUCCUCGAGUCUCGAAUCGACCCUGGCGAUCCUCGUGGGGCGCGUGGGCGGGCGUCCACCGAGCCUGGCCUCCUUAGACUCCUUGCAGAGCAUCCGCUUAGUGGAGCUGGUGCGACGGGAGUUGGGUUUCGUCGCCACCUCCGCCAUGGUCCUGCGCUCUGCAGACGUCCACGCGUUGGCCGAAGCCAUCCAGCUCGAGGGUUCCCAGGAUUCUCGCCAGGACGCCGGCCAGGCGGAAGGCAUGCAACCAGACGAAGAGGGCGCCUACAGAUUGUACAUCAUGGAGUUUGGGAAGUCCCCCGUGGAUUGGUGCGUCCGCUACGGGGGCCCAGGUCACCUCGAUGUGGACGCCUUGCAGAGAGCCUCCGAUCGUGCGGUAGCUCGCCACUCCGCGCUGCGCACCAUGGAGCUCCGAGACGAGGGAAUGAGAGAGGCCAUGGACCGUGCAGCGGCCAUGUGGCAGCUUCUCUGCUCAGCCCACGGAACCACGAGCUGGAGGUGGUCGGCGGCUCGCCGGGCGAUGCGCGCCCUGCUCUUCGCCGCCUGGCCGCGGACAUUCCUGAAGUCAGCGUGCGAUGCUGUGGUCCAG